GUGAUGGAAUCGGCUGGCCUUCUAUGAGUGGAAUUCGAGAAUUUUGCCGAUCUCUCGAAGCAAAGAUGAAUUAUGAGUCAAAGACUCUGGGCUCUGUCCAUUCCAUUCUUCGAACUUAUGGGAGUUUUCACAUGUGCUCUAAAGUAUAUAAACCACCUAGCAAGACAGACAUUCAUUCACAGUACUUGUAUGUGGACAUAUACAUCAUCGCACUUGUAUCGAAAAGCAUAUCAUAUGCACUGCAGGAUAAGUUGGAAGGUCUGUUGCGAGAAUUAUCCACACCUGUCAAAGCUCGUCUCUACCAAAAAGCAACCAAAGCGGAAAAACGCGUGACUUUUGCCUAUCAAGAGGAGAUCCGGUGUUGGUUUCGUUUCUCUGAAAAGUUCGAACAAAAUUUCAAAAGACAUUAUGGAUGGAUUAACGAUCAACAAGCUAGGACCUGUGUGUAUGAUGAAGUCGCAAAACAUCUUCCUGGUUUCACAAGAGAAAGCUUGCGUAAGAAAACUGCGGAGACGCGAAAUAUUUAUAUGUUAUUCGGAUUGUGUCGUGAUCCUACUACUCUGGAGAUAGUCAGGGGAAUCGGAAUGGAAAAAAUCAAGCGGGUUAAGACAAAUAGCGCAGACUACAUAUCGAAACUCACUAAUACACAAAUUCGAAAUAUUAUUGACACUUUCGCUAACUAA